AUGAGAUUAUUUCAAUGUAUGACUUUCUUUCCAUUGCGAAUAUUUUAUCGUUAUGUAAGUAAUACACGUUUACAAGUAUUUCAAAAUGCUACACAAAUUGUUGAUCCAGAACGUAUUCGAAAUGUUGGAAUUAUUGCACAUAUUGAUGCAGGUAAAACAACAACAGUUGAACGAAUGUUAUAUCAUGCUGGAUUGAUUCGAAGUAUGGGUAAUGUUGAUGAAGGAAAUACAACAAUGGAUUAUAUGGAACAAGAACGUGAAAGAGGUAUAACAAUAACAUCAGCUGCUAUUACAAUACCAUGGAUAAAACAUCGUAUUAAUCUCAUUGAUACACCCGGACAUGUUGAUUUUACUAUUGAAGUUGAACGAUCAUUACGAGUUCUCGAUGGUGCUGUUGCAAUUCUUGAUGCAUCUGCUGGUGUUGAAACUCAAUCAUUAACUGUCUGGCGUCAAGCUAAUCGAUAUCAUGUACCUCGUUUUAUCUAUAUCAAUAAAAUGGAUAAACCAACAGCUGAUUUAUCAAUGUGUCUUGAUUCAAUUCGACAAAAAUUUGCUGUUGAACCUUUACUUUUACAUAUACCAAUUGGUCAUGGAAAACAAUUUACUGGUAUGAUUGAUCUAUUAAAUGAAACUAAAAUUUCAUCAAAUGAUCAAAUAAAAUUUUCAUCUGAAUUUUUAACUAAAGAACGUUUAAAAUUAAUUGAAAAAUUAGCUGAUAUUGAUGAUAAAAUAGCUGAACUUUUAUUAUUUACUGAUAAACCUAUUUCAAAUAUACAAUUAAAACAAUCUAUUUGUCGUUUAAUGAUACGUAAUCAACGUUUUGUUCCUGUACUUAUUGGUAGUUCAUUAAAAAAUAUUGGUGUUCAAACAUUACUUGAUGCUAUUAUUGAUUAUCUUCCAAAUGCAAGAAUAAUUCCAGGAUCAUUAUCAAAUUUAGGUACUUUAAUAUAUAUAUUUAAAACAAUUCAUGAUCGACAAAAACAACCAUUAUCAUUUGCACGUAUUUAUUCUGGUUCAGUUAAAAGACGAAUAUCAUUAAUAAAUACACGAACUAAUGAAAAAGAACAAAUUAAUAAAGUUUUUCUUCCAUUUGCUGAUAAUAUGGAAGAUAUUGAUGAAAUUCGAGCUGGAUCUAUUGCUGUUCUUAGUGGAUUGAAAGAAGCAUCAAGUGGUGAUAUACUUGUUUCAAGUAAAAAAUUAGAUCUUGAUACAUUUUUAAAUGAUCUUAAACAACAAUAUAUAUUUUUACCUGAUCCUGGUUUAGAAGCUCCAACGCCUGUUUUCUUUUGUACAAUUGAAACAUAUUCUGAAAGUGGACAAAAACAACUUGAUUUUGCACUUAAAAAUAUUAAACGUGAAGAUCCAUCAUUACGUGUACGUAUUGAUGAACAAACAGGUCAAACAAUAUUAUUAGGUAUGGGAGAAUUACAUAUUGAUAUAAUACGUGAUCGAUUAAAACGUGAAUAUGGACUUGAAACAUAUCUUGGUCCAUUAAAUGUUAAUUAUCGUGAAAUGCUAAGAAAAUUUAUUAAACAAACAAUUGUUUGGAAUUCAACAAUAAAUGAAAAACAUGCAACAAUUUCUAUAACACUUUCUAUUGAACCAAUAAUUUUAGAUGAUAAGAAAAUUAUUUCAUUUUCACAAAUUCAAAUUACACGAAGUGACGAACAAAAUUUUGAAUAUUUAAAACAAGAACAUGUUGAAGCAAUUAAUCAUGGUGUUCGUCUUGCUUUAUCAACAGGACUUAUCAAAGGUGCUGAAGUAGUCAAUGUUCAAGUAAAAUUACAUGAUAUUCAAUUAACAGGAUAUAUAUCACCAGCACUUUAUUCAGCAGCAGCUUCUGAUUGUGUUCGAGCAUGUCUUCGUCAUGCUGAUUGUGUUCUUCUUCAACCAAUGAUGCGUGUCGAAGUUAUUUGUGUGGCUGAUCGUACACAGAUUGUAUUAGAUGAUUUAGCUCGAAGACAUAGUCAAAUAAUUGAUGUACAACAAGGUAUUAGUGGUGGUUUACAAGAAUCAAUGAGUACUAUAAUAACAAGAACACCAUUAGCUGAAUUAAUUGGUUAUAGUUCAACAUUAAGAACAUUAACAAGUGGACAAGCAGAUUUUACAUUUGCUAUUGAUGGUUAUGAACCAGUACGAAGUCAUUAA